CGCGGACCCGAAGACGGUUGCCAAGAUUGAGUACGCGGAUUUCGAGUGCGAGAUCUGCGACGGCGACCAGCUCUACUGCGUGGCGAUGAAGGCCGAGGACGGCGACGCAGAGUGCCGCGGCAUGGGCCUAGACUGGGCCACCUUCAGCACGCUGGACAAAGGGCGCAAGCAGGUGGCAGAUGCUGGACCGAGACUGCUGGGCGCGCAGAGGCUGGAUAUCAAGAUGGACACCAUCGCGGCGCCGAUGGCCGUCGACGACGACAACGAGCAGACGAAGCUGCUGAAGGCAGACUUCAGGCGGGGCGACUCGGUGUCAAAGCCGAUCCUCUCGCUGCUCGAGGUGAUGGACAAGGGUGCGGAGUUCUGGCUAAGCGCGAAGACUGGCGCGCGCAUGCACCCAGGAGGCGACCUCGUCAAGGGCAUCCCGCUCACCAGGAAAAACAACACCCCGCGCUUCAACGCGAAGACCGUCAGGGCGACGACGGAGGCGAAGGAGUUCGCAGCCAGCGUGAACGCGAACGAGCAGCAGGGGGAGUUCGCGCAGCCGCCUGGGGCCUCUGGCAGCGGGGCGCUGCGCGAGGGGCAAGAGAUCGCCCUGCACCCAGACAGCCGCGUGGGGGGCCUGCGGGCCAGGCCGCACAAGACGCUCGCUUUCGACCAGAAGGGCACGGGGAAGGCGCGGAUCACCCUGGACUCCUGCUACCUGAAGACCAACGGCGACUGGGCGGAGAUCGGUGACGAUGAGCCGCCAGCGGCGGAUAUCUUCGCGACGACGCUCGCGAUGGCAGACAGGGGCGCGCCGAUGCUCAACGCAGCUUCGAUGCCGACCAAGGCGGCCACUGACUGCGCGGUGGCCAGCGCGAGCAGUUUCAUCGAGGGCGCGCAUCUCUCCGCAGCGGACAUUCAGGCGGACGGCGAGCCGACGAUCCUGACCCUGGUGGAGGAGGGGCGCAAGAAGCCGAGCAAUAGCAGCAUCAAGCUAGAGGAGAAGCGCGGGGACCUGAAGGGCAGUCAGAGCACGGGCGCGAUCGAGGCUCCGAUCAGAUGGUUUGAGGCGAAGGUGAGGACGUACAAGUUCGACUUGGAGAAGCGCCACGGCAUGGUGGUCACAGCGGACGCACCAAUCUGGCGCCGGCAUACGAGAUACGUUAGCUGGGCAACCUCUACGCGCAGACCGCGGGCCGAUGGGGGGGGCAUCCCAUCGGGCAGCAUUCGGAGUGACUACAACGGCGAGAUUCUUCCCUUCGCGGAGACGGCGCUCUUCAAGGUGCCGACCUCCCACGCGAGGCAGAUCGCAGCGACGUCGCUCAAGCGCAAGGGCGAGUCGAGCUUCGCGAAGGGCAUCUGGAUCGGGAACAGAAGGACCUGCGGGGGGCUGGGGCCAGAGCUGCGGGCCGACGCGAAGCCGACGAAGGCGGCGAAGGCACUGCCCUGGGUGGCACGGAGCGCCCAGCCGCGCGAGCUGCUACCCAAGAUUCAGCGACCACUACCUACGAUCGCCUUGACGGCAACGGAGAACCAGACGAGGGCUGAUGCAGAAGCGGCGGCAGCACCAGCGGCACCGCAGCAGGGGGCGCCCGACCAGGGGCGCAUGCGGCAGCGGGAAGCCCAGCAGCACCACCAGGGGCACCAGCAGGACCUGGAGGGGAAGCAGCGGCGGCAGCCAGACCUCAGGCACGUUGACGCGAUCUCGCUGGGCGACCCCAUCGACUACAGCAUCCUGGACAACAUGGGCACGGCAUCCUACGUGACGACCAGCGGCCUGGAGCCCGCGGUGGAGCUCAAAAAGGAAGCGGGGAGCGAGAGCGGGGAGUUCAAGAUGAUCAAGGCACCCUGGGAGCCGCAGGUGCGCGGAGGCGUCUGCAAGUGGAGUUGCGCGACCCAGGAGUUCAAGUGGAUGGAGAAGCGGGGCGACGCAUCCGCGACGAGCUCAUCAGCGCAGACAAGCAGGCUGCUGGACUUCGCCAGCAUUGAGGAAGAGAACCGCGGGACCUUCAUCGCUGACUGCGUGAAGGCAGACUGUCAGGCGGACCAGACGGAGAAGGUUUGCGUGGAGCCACCGCCAGAGUACCUGGCGAUCCUAGCUGAGAUGGGCAGAUCGACCGGAUUCGAGAGGCACGAGUGCCAGCCGCAGUUCUACCACCACAGGGAGAAGGAGAUCCUGAUCGAGGUGCACAUGGACAAUUUCCAUGGCGAAGGACCGGCAAGGCACCUGGAAGGGAUCAUCAAGAGGCCGGGGGAAGUGUUCGACCUGAAGGCGACGGAUGUCAUCAGGCAGGGGCGCUACUCUCACCUGAAGCGGGACAGGUUGAGGCUCGCGAACGGCGACGUGAUGCUCAGGCCGAACGUCAAGCACAUCGAGGACCUAAUCUUCGUGAUGGGCAUGGAGAAGGCGAAGCCCGCGAAGGUGGCGGACGUCCCGAGGGGCGUGCAGUUGCUGACGGGGAACUUGAGCAACCCGACGGAGUUCGACAGGAAACGCUUGGUGAAGCUCGCGAGGUGCUUGAAGGGGACCAAGACGUACGGCGCGCUGCUCAAGAGGCCGGCGGCGAGCAAGCCAGGCGAGGUGAAGUUGCCGAUGUUCACGGACACAGAUUUCGCUACAUGCAACGAGACACGGAGGGCGAUGACCUGCGGCAUCACAAAGCUGGAUGGGGUGUACUUCGCGGCGUUCGCGCGGAGGCAGGGAGCCCAGACGACAUCAUCUGGAAAGGCGGAGUUCUACGGAGCGACCUCGUUGGUGAUGGACGGCAAGCUGGUCAAGAAUGUGCUGGAGUGGCUGGGCUACAAAGUGACCUGGGAGCUGGGGAUCGACAGCAGCGCGGCGAAGGCGAUGAUCAACAGAGAUGGCGUUGGCAAGGUGAAUCACUUGGACGUCAGGGCGCUGUGGGCCCAACAGGAGCGGAAGGUGCACGGUCUCAUCGUGAAGAAGGAGAGUGGUGAGAAGAAUGUGGCCGACCUAGACGCAAAGGCUCAUCCCGCGGCACGGUUCGAGUACCUGCGAGGCCUGUUGGCCACCUUGCUGACGCAGGGAGUUGCGGAGAGUGCGGCAGCUUCGACGUGCGCAGCGGAGGGCUACAAUCCGAGGACCACGGACCUGGUGGCAGCGGCGAUCCAGGACGCGAUCUACGAGCGCACGGGGCAGAUUAUCAUGCUGAUGGUGGCGGUGGUGUUCCUAGGCGGCACUGCGUGCGGGCAUUGCUGCAGGAAGUUGAUGGAGCCACCCGAGGUGAAGUAUGCGGACAAGCCGAGAAGGAGAUGCGAGAAGGGAUGCAGCGGCCCGAUCGCAAGCGGGAAAGCAAAGGUGAAGCAUGCGACUCACCCGAUCAUGCUCGGCAAGAUGAGCCAGGCUCCGUGCGCGCGCAAGUGGAAGCGCCAUCAGCUGAG